AUGCUCCGGUGGCAGGCGAGGACGGCGAAGAGCAAGGUGUUUCAAGGUGUGCGUGCAAAGGCGACAGCCGCAUCCGAUUCAAAGACGAGGCAUGGCCUUGCCGCACUUCUCCGCAGCUUCGCCGAGCGUCGGCUCCAUGGGCAGAGUGCGGCCUCGAAGGCGGUCUCGGCACUUGGCAUGGGGCGAAGGUGGAUGGAUGCACUUCAUUUGUUUACGACUGUGCCUCAUCCCGACAUCGUCACGAUCAAUGCGACAAUGAGUGCUCUCAGUUCAGGGCAUCAGUGGCUGAAGACCCUGUGCCUUUUCGACGAGAUUCGCAGAGAUUCACAAGGUUCAUUGCUGAAGGCUGACGUGAUUUCGUACAGCAAUGCCAUUCGGGCCAACUCCGCCUUGCUGCUGUGGGAGGAGGCUGUUUAUCUGCUGACCGACAUGAUCUCUUUCGGACCUGAGCCGGAUCGGCUGGCGUGCAACCUGACACUCGCUGCAUGUGCCGAGCAUGGCAAAGCAGAUCUUGCUGCCAGCAUCGUGGAACGGAUGAGGACACGUCGUCAGCAGCUUGAUGUCGUUGCCCACAACACCCUCCUCGCAGCUCUUGCUCGCCAACGGAGAUGGCAGUCCGCCUGCGCUGUGGCCAUGGCAGCGCCCGCCCAGGACGUCAUCACCUUCAAUUCAUUGCUGGGAAGCCUUGAGGAUUCUGAUCGCUGGGAAGUCGCUCUCGAAGUUCUCCGCCAGAUGAGCCUACGAGGCCUCCGUUUGGACGGCGUGACGCUUCGCGCCGCAGCGGCGGCCUGCAGGCAACGUUGGCAGGCAGCACUGGCACUAAUGAAGAUGGCGGAGGUUGCUACUGACCUUGCAGCCCUCACAGCGGUCGGCACCAGUUGUGAGAAGGCAAGUCAGUGGCAGAUUGCAGUGCACCUGUUGGCCGAUCGCGCCUUAGACACUGUGGCCAAGACCGCCCUCAUCUCUGCGAGUGCGACAGGUUCACUGUGGCAGGCUGCUUUGCAGAUGCUUCUCGAGCUGAAGCAGAGAGCUGAUGCAGUGGCCUACAAUGCCACCAUCGCAGCCACUGAGAAGGCUGCCAGAUGGUCCAUCUCCUUGAUGCUGAUGUCGAAAAUGGAGGAGGCCUUCUUGGAGCUGUCGGCUACGACAUUCAACGCCAGCAUCAGCGCAUGUGAGAAGUCAGCUGCCUGGGAGGCCUCUUUGCAGCUCUUUAACGAGAUGAUGAUGCGUAAGUUGGCCAAGGACAUUGUCACCUUCAGCGCGCUGAUCUCGAGCGGGUGGUCAGGAAGCCAGGGUUCAGCUUGCCAGUGUCGACGGUCUGCAGCUGUCUUAUCAAAGUUGCUUGGCCCGGGGGCCGCCCCUGGAGGGCCUCCCGACAGCAUGCGAUUAUGCGAGGUGCUGUUCUUGGCCUCGGCCCUUUUUUGUGCAUCCGGCAACCAGGCGACAGAGGAGCUUCCGCGAGAUGAUGAGUGUGACGUAGCCGACUCCGAAAGCUGCGCCUUGCAGGCUCUGCAGAGACAUGCGGCUCGGGCCCCGCGGCCCCUUGAGCUGAUUCCGACCCCCAGCGUGCAGGGCGAGGGCGCUUACAUCUCCAGUCGAGAGUCCAAGUCCUUUGAGUGGACGGAGCUCCGGGUCUCUGAGAGAAGCAUCGAGGAAGCCUUGAAGGCUCCUUUCGUAGGAAGCAGCUGGCCUAUGCCAUUCGGCUUGUCAGCCGGCGAAGUGGCACGAUGGCUGCAGCGGGAGCUGCUGGCUACGAGCCCUUUUGGGCAGUUCGGCAUGCUCGUGCCGUGGCCUGAGGAGGACGAUGACCAGCUGGGCCACGGCGGCUGGGUCGGUUACUCCCGAAGGCAAGUCUGCUAUUUGACUGCGAAGAGCUACCUGGGAGCAAAGGCCCGUGGGUACAACGCCGGACUCUUUCGCCUUAUGAGCAUGUGCCCCGAUACGGGGGACUUUAGACACUCCUUUGCGAUGCUCUUGGCAGCGUGUGCCGCAGAUCCGACUUUGGCGAAUGGCAACCAGGGGCCCUUGCUUUUGACGGCCAAAGCUCGUGCGCCCCCUUCAGUGGAGGAGGUACGCCAGAAGGCGGAGGGUGUGUCAAUGCAGGCUGCCAAACUACGCGUCUGCGACUACGACGCGGGGGCUGGCCCCUUCGACGGCAUCGACUCUGUGCCAAAGCGGGGCUGCCAGAAACGUCGUCAGGAUGCUCCAGGCGUAGACUUCAUGAUCGGCGGGGAGCCGGGCCAGGCGACCCAGGACAUCUCCGCAUCUUGGUUCGGAGGCUACUUGUUCGACGCAAAGGCCUGUGGCCUUGGUGGUGGACAGGACGAGCGCUUGUCAGUCUACUUCCCCGAGGUCACAAUUCUUGCAUAUUUUCUUUCGCAGAGCGACAAAUACCCUCAGCUUCGCCAGCCCGCAUGGUUCCUGGGAGCACGGAACUUCUUCAAGAACUUAGAUGGCACAGCGCGCUUUGACUCGCCAAUGGUCCUGGCAGAGGUGCCCCUGAAGUCCGACCUCGUUGAUGUUUCUGUGGCGGAUCACCUCUUCGAGAUCAGCUCUUCAAGGCCUGUCGUCGUCUUUAUGAGCGAGAGCCAGGGCCUGGUCGACGACCACUCGACUCGGGAAUUGCAGCUGGCCCGUCUGAACCGCUUACAAGCGCAAAGGGAGAUGGGUACUGGCCAGUUUGCAUUCGAGAAGCAGGUUCGUGCGUGGUAUCGGUCUUUAGCGCUGACUUCGUACGAUGAAAAGAUUCACGGGGCCUUGCGUGCCCUUGUGAAGUCCGUUGGGACUGGGCCAUGGUUCUCCGGCCUUUGGUGGGGCGAUUCACAGCUCGGCUUCUUGGCCAUCUGGCUUGGCCAUGCCUUGGCCGCUCCGACCUGGGGGUGGCCUUCGCGCACUGACAGCAGCCCGCUGAUGUUGGACUAUUACAUCUAUGCAGAUUUCACGGAAAAUCCUGGAAACCAGUGUUACGUGAUUCCUGGCGAAGCUUGCCGAGCUUGCUUGAACGUGUGUCAAAACCCCGAACCGCCGGCCAGCGCCUACUGGAUGCCAGAGGGAGCCCUUUUUAAUGGGCGGCCCUGUGUACCGGAUGCUUCCAUUUGUGGGCAGAAGGGCUUCGCAGAUGCCGUCAAAGCCUUUGGGCACCAGACAGUCUCGGUCACGUGGAGACACAUCGAGGAAAAGGUGGCCUGGGGAGAUUUGGGCAAAAACGUGUUUGACAUCCUCUUGGCGUAG